AUGGGUGGUUUUCACGCGCUGGCUGUAUCUUUUGCGGUGUUGCACCUUGUAGAAGGCGGAAGAGACAUCAGCACAGCAGCCAUCGGACCAUGCCGUCUUUUGAUCAACGGCAUGAAGUGCACGCCGAAAGGCUAUUUUGAGACGGUUCAGUGUGAUAGCAAGGCCUGUUUCUGCGUGCAGCCCAAUAACGGGGAAAUUGCGAUCGAGACACGGACGGAGAGCCCGCGAGUAUGGCCCAGCUGCUCAGAAUGUUACAAUCGUCUGGCAGAGCUCUACAAAGAUGGACAACCACCAGUGGACUCGUUUCUGCCGUUGUGUGACAAUAAGAAAGGAUUAUUCCAACGGACACAAUGCACAGCCGAUCGCACCGUAUGCUUUUGCGUGGAUCCUGAUACCGGAAAAGAGGUCCCAGGCUCCAAAAAGAAGGUAUCGGAAGGCAUGGCAAAGUGUGACGACUCCAACUACGGAAACGGCAACCUACUUCCGGCCGUAUCUAGGGGAAUUGAUCUAAUCCCCAUCGCAAAUGCUGCGUGCAAACUGCCGAUGGACCGGGGCAGCCGUUGCUCCGGCCGAUAUCCGGUUGUCGAGUGGCAUUUUGACCCGGAAACGUUCACCUGUCUGGCCUUUGAGUAUCUCGGCUGCCAGGGCAAUGAGAACCGUUUUGGGUCGUCGACCGAGUGCCGUUCCGCCUGCCUAUUCGCUGACACUAUGGGCUGCGCCGGCAUGAAUCCGGCAGCCAGGGGUCCACUCGGAAAACCGCUCGUCUGCGGAAAGCCGUUCGUUCCGCAUCUGCCGGAAUUGCUCUCUCGUGUCCUGCCGCCUCUUCCGGAAGCCAUUCCAUAUCUCUACGAUCGAUCGAUGCAGCCACGGUGCCACCGGUAUGGCCGCGAGCCGGCGAAAAGCGACGCUGUCCAAGUGCUUUUAGGCAAAAACUGCUCGUCAAAUUUCUGCCCAUCGUGGGCACAAUCCGGAGUCCAGAUCGGCAACGCCGCCUGGGAGCUCUACUGCCUCGAGCAUGGUAUCCAGCCGGACGGCAAGCGAAUGUCCGAGGAGAAGCGGGAGGACUCGUUCACCACCUUCUUCAGCGAGACCGGAAAUGGCCGCUACGUCCCGCGGGCUUUGAUGGUCGACCUGGAGCCGACGGUGGUUGACGAGAUCCGAAACGGACACUACAAGCAACUCUUCCACCCGGAGCAGAUGAUCACCGGCAAUGAAGAUGCUGCCAACAACUACGCUCGCGGACACUACACCGUUGGAAAAGAAGUGGUCGACUCCGUUGUGGAUCGUGUCCGUCGUCUCGCUGAGAACUGCCGCGGAUUCCAAGGCUUCCUAUUCUUCCACUCGUUUGGCGGCGGAACCGGCUCGGGAUUCACCUCGCUGCUGAUGGAGCGCCUUUCAACCGAAUACGGCAAGAAGAGCAAGCUCGAGUUUUCGGUCUACCCGGCUCCGCAAGUCUCGACUUCCGUCGUUGAGCCGUACAACAGCAUACUCACUACACACUCGACGCUCGAGCACUCUGAUUGCGCCUUCAUGGUCGACAAUGAGGCCAUCUACGACAUUUGCCGACGCAGCCUGGACGUGGAGCGGCCCAGUUACACCAACUUGAACAGGAUCAUCGCACAGGUCGUCUCCUCAAUCACGGCCUCGCUGCGCUUUGACGGAGCCCUCAACGUCGACCUGAACGAAUUCCAGACGAAUCUGGUGCCAUAUCCACGCAUCCAUUUCCCGUUGGCCAGCUACUCGCCACUGAUCUCUGCAGAGAAGGCCUAUCACGAGGCCAGCUCUGUCAACGACAUCACUUCCGCCUGCUUCGAGACCGGAAAUCAGAUGGUGAAGUGCGACCCCCGCAACGGCAAAUACAUGGCUGUCUGCCUGCUCUACCGUGGCGAUGUCGUGCCAAAAGACGUCAAUGCAGCCAUCACGGCGAUCAAGGCCAAGCGGUCGGUCCAAUUCGUCGACUGGUGCCCAACUGGUUUCAAGGUUGGCAUCAACUACCAGCCUCCAACGGUCGUGCCGGGCGGCGACAUGGCCAAGGCUCACCGCGCCGUCUGCAUGCUUUCCAACACCACAGCUAUCGCCGAAGCAUGGUGCCGUCUCGACCAGAAGUUCGACCUCAUGUAUGCCAAGCGCGCCUUCGUCCAUUGGUACGUCGGCGAAGGAAUGGAAGAGGGCGAGUUCACCGAGGCCCGCGAAGACAUGGCCGCUCUGGAGAAGGACUACGAGGAGGUCGGCCUCGACGGCGCUGAUGGAGAUGAUGGAGCGGCCGAAUAU